CUGACCGAGCUCGAUCUCCGAAGUGGGCUCCGCCGCUGAUCUUCAACGACCGAAACAUCAAAGCCACUGACUCGGUCGUGGCUGAAAAAGACCACCAACUGGCCUUUAACCUGGCCAAAAGUGUGUGCCUCCCCAAGGACAUGGAGCACCACUUGAAGCAACUGAACACCGAAAUGAAAUCAAUUCGGUCUGCUUCCAAGUCCAUGAUCUUGGCCUUGCAAAAGAACAAUGUCACUUAUAGGAAAGUCCAAGAACUCCGCAAAACUACAAGGCAGGCGAUGGCGGAAGCCGAAGCAAAGGCGGCCGAACUACUACAAGCCGAAAAGAGAAUGGCCGAGCUAGAAGCGGAGAACGGCCGUCUUGCCGAUCUAGUUAAUUCGGCGGAAGCGGAGAAGCAGAAAGCUGCCAUCGUUAUGAAGGACAAGUAUUUGCAGGAGUUGUUGAAGCUUGAGAAGAGAAAGGACGCCGAAAUAAGCGAACUGAAAAAGAACAUGGAGGCGGUCGAAAAGGAGGGGUACAAGCGGGGUUACAAGGAGGCGGAAGAUGCCUACGUCGAACAAUGCGACGCCGCCAAGGAGCUCUUCUUCAAGUGCGAUACUCCGGCCGAAAAUGUGGACCAGCCAGUUCGGUCGGAGCCCGCUGUGGAGGACUUGACAGUUGAUCUUCCCAGGGAAACCGUGAUUCCAGCCGAAGUGGCUUUCCCGAUUGUGAAUGAGCUCCCUUCGGAAACCGGUCUGCGAGUUGAUGGUGACGCUGAGUUUGACGCCGAGAUAAAUGAACUUUUCUCUUAA